AUGGGUGCCUACAAAUACAUGCAGGAGUUAUGGAGGAAGAAGCAGUCGGAAGUGAUGCGCUACUCCCUCCGAAUUCGUUGCUGGCAAUAUAGGCAGAUGUCGGCCGUUCACCGGGCACCCCGACCAACCCGUCCAGAGAAGGCCCGCCGUCUCGGAUACCGCGCCAAGCAAGGUUUCGUCGUCUACCGCGUACGCAUCCGCCGUGGUGGCCGUAAGCGCCCGGUCACCAAGGGUCAAACUUACGGCAAGCCCAAGACCCACGGAGUCAACGAGCUGAAGAACCAGCGAGGACACCAAGCCGUCGCCGAGGGCCGUGUUGGACGCCUGUGCGGCGGACUCCGCGUUCUCAGCAGCUACUGGAUCGGCCAAGACUCCACCUACAAGUUCUUCGAGGUUAUCCUCGUCGACCCGUCGCACAAGGCCAUCCGUCGUUGCCCCGAUCUUCAGUGGAUCACCAAGCCCGUCCACAAGCACCGUGAGCAACGCGGUCUCACCGCCGCCGGACGCAAGUCUCGCGGUCUCGGCAAGGGACAUCGUUACUCGCAGACCCGAGGAGGCUCGCAAGCGAAGAACUGGCUCCGCAAGAACACCAAGGUCCUCCGCAGAAAACGC